ACAAGGCAGAAAACCCAUACAAGGAGCGCGACUGUGCUCACCUGCCUGCUUCGACCUGUGGAAUCCACUGCCAACACGCCUUGCCACGCGUGAGGUCGCCCGCACAGCGUUGCUCACUGCCCCCUCGCCUCCGAGGGCUGCGCCGCGUCGCUGACGUCCGCGGCUCCCCUCCCCAGCUGCAAUGGCCGGAUCCGACAUGGACCCUGCCGAUGGCGGCUCGCCUCCCGCUCGCAGGCAGAGAGCUCCGACCAUCACCAUUGACACAACCGCCGUGAAUCCCGGCUCUGCAGCGGCCCCGGAUGUCGAGAGUGGCCCACCUGCCGUGUCCAGUUCCCCGGUCUCCAUGGCAAGCCCCAUGGAACCCCCACCAUCAAGCUCCCACAAGCGCAGUCCUUCUCAAACAGGACCCGAAGGACAAGCCGGCCGAACCUCUGAAUCCAAGGACAGCCGGCCGACCAGUCCGCACAAUGUCUCGCACCCUCUCUCGUUCCGCGGUCCCAGCCAGGGCUUCCUCGCCGUGCCCAACACGCAGCGCUCGCGCCAGAACUCGCUUAACUCGACAGACGACGCCCGCUCCAUAACGUCCUCCCAAGGAGACACCGUGGUGGCUGCCUCAUCUUCCGGCGAGAAGAGCGGUCUUGCGUCCAGCGCCCGGUCGGACAAUGAUCAAGUCAUGAACGAUCCGAAUGCCCUCAAGCCGGAUCAAGGGAGGGAAGCGGAUUUCAAGGUCGAGGACAACCCGUUCGCCUUCAGCCCGGGCAUGCUGAGCAAGAUGUUCGACCCCAAAAGCCUAUCGGCCUUUUACAAGCUUGGCGGCCUCGCUGGGAUCGAAAAGGGGUUGCGAACCAACCGACACACGGGCUUGAGCGUGGACGAAACCGCCCUGCAUGGUUCCGUUUCCUUCGAGGACGCCACCUCUCGCGCCUCGGACAAGGCCCUGACGGAAGGCCUUGGCAUUGUCGCACCCGAUAGUCCUACGGCGGGUCCAACAAGGCGCGACUCGGCGAACGACGCCUUUUCCUCCAGAAAACGCGUCUUUGGGGAUAAUAGGUUGCCCGAGAAGAAGGGAAAGAGCCUUCUCCAGCUCAUGUGGAUCACAUAUAACGACAAGGUGCUGAUCCUGUUGUCCAUCGCUGCCGUCGUCUCCCUUGCCGUCGGCCUUUACCAGACAUUUGGCCAGGAACACGACCCCAGCAACCCGGCCGUCGAAUGGGUCGAAGGAGUGGCCAUCGUCGUGGCCAUCGCGAUUGUGGUUUUGGUCGGGUCUCUCAACGAUUACCAGAAGGAGCGACAGUUCGCCAAGCUGAACAAGAAGAAGCAGGAUCGGCUGGUCAAGGCGAUCCGGUCGGGGAAGACGGUUGAGAUGUCGGUCUUCGAUAUUCUGGCUGGUGAUGUGCUGCUGCUCGAGCCUGGCGACAUGGUCCCCGUUGAUGGUAUCCUCAUCCAGGGCUUCAGCGUCAAGUGCGACGAGUCUCAGGCGACCGGCGAGUCGGACAUCAUCCGCAAGAAGCCCGCGGACGAGGUCUUUGCGGCCAUCGAAAACCACGAGAACCUCAAGAAGAUGGAUCCCUUCAUCCAAUCCGGUUCCCGUGUCAUGGAGGGUGCAGGGACUUUCCUGGUCACCUCGACCGGCGUGCACUCGAGCUACGGCAAGACCAUGAUGUCCCUGAACGAGGACCCCGAAAUCACCCCGCUGCAGUCCAAGCUGAAUGUCAUUGCCGAAUUCAUCGCGAAGCUUGGUGGCGCCGUCGCCCUGCUUCUCUUCCUCGUCCUCUUCAUCAUCUUCCUCGUUCGGCUCCCGCGUCAGUACUCGAGCUACACGCCCGCGGAGAAAGGACAGCGCUUCAUCGAGAUCUUCAUUGUCGUCGUCACCAUCGUGGUGGUUGCUAUCCCCGAAGGCCUUCCGCUCGCUGUCACGCUUGCGCUCGCCUUCGCCACGACACGGAUGAUCAAGGACAACAACCUGGUGCGGCACCUGAAGGCCUGCGAAGUCAUGGGCAAUGCGACGACCAUCUGUUCGGACAAGACCGGUACUCUGACCCAGAAUAAGAUGCAAGUGGUGGCGGGCACGAUCGGCACCACCCACCGGUUCGGCGCCACAGCCGCGCCAGAGGAUCAGGGGCCUUCGGACAAGGACGUGACGUUUCAGGAACUGGCCUCGACACUCAGCGCUGAGGUGAAGGGCCUGGUGCUGAAGUCCAUCGCGUUGAAUUCAACGGCAUUUGAGGGUGAAAAUAACGGGGAGCAAACAUUCGUCGGCUCCAAGACGGAAACUGCGCUGCUCACUCUGGCACGGCAACACCUGGCCAUGGGUCCCGUCAGCGAGGAGAGAGCCAACGCAAAGAUCCUGCACUUGAUCCCCUUCGACUCUGGACGCAAGUGUAUGGGCGUCGCCGUCCAACUGGAAAAUGGCAAGGCGCGCCUGUAUGUCAAGGGAGCGUCCGAGAUCAUGCUGGAGAAAUGCACCCAGAUCCUGCGCGAUCCCUCCUCCGGCCUGGCGUCUGCCACCCUUACCGAGGACAACCGUCACACCAUCAAGAAGCUGAUUGAGAUUUAUGCACGGAACUCGCUGCGCACAAUUGGACUGAUCUAUCGCGACUUCGACCGGUGGCCGCCCCGAGUCUCGCGCCGUAUCGAUGCGGAGAAGGACGAGAUUGUCUUCGAGGACAUCUGCCGGAACAUGAUCUUUAUCGGCAUGGUUGGCAUCAAGGACCCCUUGCGUCCUGGUGUGCGCGAGGCCGUGAAACUUUGCCAAAAAGCUGGUGUCGUGGUCCGCAUGGUUACCGGAGACAACCGGCUGACGGCCGAAGCUAUCGCUCGAGACUGCGGGAUCCUCCAGCCCAACAGCGUCGUUCUCGAAGGUCCCGAGUUCCGGAACAUGACCCCAGCUCAGCAGGAAGACAUCAUCCCCCGCCUGCACGUCUUGGCGCGGUCCAGCCCCGAAGACAAGCGCAUCCUGGUGAAGCGCCUCAAGGACAAGGGCGAGACGGUGGCCGUCACGGGAGAUGGCACCAACGAUGCGCCCGCCCUGAAGAUGGCCGACAUCGGCUUCUCGAUGGGCAUUGCCGGAACCGAAGUUGCCAAGGAGGCCUCGGCCAUCAUCCUCAUGGACGACAACUUCAAUUCGAUCGUCAAGGCGCUAAAAUGGGGCCGCGCCGUCAACGACGCGGUCAAGCGCUUCCUCCAGUUCCAGCUCACUGUCAACAUCACGGCCGUUGCCCUGACCUUCAUCUCGGCCGUCCAGAGCGUAGACCAGACGUCCGUGCUGACCGCGGUCCAGUUGCUCUGGGUGAACCUCAUCAUGGAUACGCUUGCCGCGUUGGCCCUUGCCACGGACCCGCCACAUGACAGCGUGUUGGAUCGCAAGCCCGAGCGCAAAGGAUCCUCGAUCAUCUCGACGACCAUGUGGAAGAUGAUUCUCGGCCAGGCGGUGUAUCAGUUGUUGAUCACGCUGUUGAUUUACUUCGGCGGCGUCGGCGUCCUUCCGGGCCCUGACAACAUGUCGGAUGACCAGAUCCACACGCUAGUCUUCAAUACGUUCGUCUGGAUGCAGAUCUUCAACCAGUGGAACAACCGGCGCUUGGAUAACAACCUCAACAUCUUCGAAGGCAUGCUGAAGAACCCCUACUUCAUAGGCAUCAGCGCCAUCAUGUGCGGAGGCCAAGUCUUGAUCGUCAUGUUCGGCGGACAAGCCUUCCGGAUCGCGGAGGAAGGCCAGUGGCCGGUGAUGUGGGGCAUCGCCGUCGUGUUGGGCGUCCUCUCGAUCCCGGUCGGUGUCAUGAUCCGGCUCAUCCCCGACGAGCUGAUCGAGAGCUUGAUUCCCGAGUCUUUCAAGCGCAAGGGCCAUCCUAAGGUGCCAGGCGUCACCGUGUCGGAUGACGACGAGCGCUUCAACGCCUACCCCGAGCCGCUUGCCGACGUCAGGGACGAACUGGCCUGGCUCAAGCGCAUCAAGGGCGGGCGCCUUAAUAACCUCAAGUUUGCUAUGCGGCACCCGCGCGAGACGUUCCUGCCUCGGAGGAGCCCUGCGCCCAGCCGCGACCAUUCGCGAUCAAAUUCGUUUCACCGGUUGCCGCAGACGCCCACGCGCCAGGACAGCAUCGGCUCCGUCGCACCGACCCCCGACUCUCGGCGGCGCAGCAGGAGCAUGCGCUCCCGGUCGAACAGCGCUCUUGGUGCCGCGACCGUCAUGACGGGCAUCGUGGCCGGCAGUAUCGGUGCCGGGUGGUCGCCGAUCGAUCGGCGCGGGGAGUCCGAGUUUGGGCAGUUCCCUCGACCCGCUCCCCUGGAAAGGAGUCAGUCGCAGCCGCCGGCCAGCCAGUCAGUGUUUGGCGGACAGGCCCUCACGGCUGAACCGCAGGAGAUCGGCGACGGGCCUGCGCCUGCGCCCGUCCAGGACGUCCCCAUCCUCAGCAUACCCAAGCCGCCGAAGUCGCCUUCCACGCCGAAAGCGGGCGAGGGCGAGUGAAGGGUGAUGGAAGGAACGGGACACUAAGCGCGAAUACUGGGAGCCAUUGGCGAUGAGUAAUCCCCCGCGGACUCGCCAUAUAACGGAGUCUU